UGUGGGUCUGGACUACUUGUGUAGCCGCGGCUAGUUAGCUUAGCUGCGCUGCUGAGCUAUGACAUGCUUUGAUAUAGAAAUGCUAUUCCAACGGGGCACAGCGUCUAAUCAGCUAAGCUAGCUUCUUGGAGUGGGAGAAAUAACGGGCUGCUAGCUAGGACUCUGGAUAUCAUUUGUGUGCAUCCAGUGCUAGUGUACGUGACGCUUUAACAUAUUAACUAUUUCCAAAAGGGGAUAAGAAGAGGUUGCCGUCAGCAGUCAGGUCAGCAGAGGUGUCAGAGCCCUUGAAGUUCUCAGCUUUGAUGCAGUACAGUGUACCUAGUGCAAGAUGACGGAAGAGGUGAUUGUCAUCGCCAAGUUUGACUACAUGGCCCAGCAGGACCAGGAGCUGGACAUCAAGAAAAAUGAGCGCCUUUGGCUCCUGGACGACUCCAAGUCCUGGUGGAGGGUUCGAAAUGCCACCAACAAAACGGGCUUUGUGCCGUCCAACUACGUGGAGAGGAAAAACAGUGCCAGGAAAGCUUCUAUUGUCAAGAAUCUCAAAGACACACUUGGAAUUGGGAAGGUGAAGAGCAGAAAGGGGGGGAUGAGAGACACAGCCUCCAACGCCGACACAGAUAUGUAUGCAGAUAACGGUGAGAGACUCUAUGACCUCAACCUGCCCGCCCUGGUCAAGUUCAGCUACACGGCGGAGCGUGAGGACGAGCUGUCUUUGGUGAAGGGCACGCGCGUGGUGGUGAUGGAGAAGUGCAGCGACGGCUGGUGGCGCGGCAGCUACAACGGACGCUCUGGCUGGUUCCCGUCCAACUACGUGACGGAGGACGUGGAUGGGACGGCGGGGGGAGGGGGCAUGGGCGGGCUCGGUGACCCGGCCGGAUCGCUAACAGAGAAGCUAGCCGCCGUGGUGAACAGCACUACGAAUGGAAACCGAGUGCUGCACACGGUUCAGGCGCUCUACCCUUUCAGCUCAGGCAACGACGAGGAACUAAACUUUGAGAAGGGCGAGGUAAUGGAGGUCGUGGAGAAGCCCGAGAACGACCCGGAGUGGUGGAAGUGCCGCAAAGCGGACGGACAGCUGGGCUUGGUGCCUAAGAACUACGUCACUGUGCUGGACUCCUCCUCCAAUAAACCCACAGCAGGGCCUGCUGGGCCGCCCACACCUGACUGUGACUACAUCUCGCCCUCAGGCAGUGGGCGCUUUGCGGGGAAAGAGUGGUACUACGGAAAGGUGACGCGCCACCAAGCGGAGGUGGCCCUUAAUCAGAGAGGCACAGAGGGAGACUUCCUCAUCCGAGACAGCGAGUCAUCACCAAACGACUUCUCCAUCUCCCUGAAGGCGCAGAGCAAGAACAAGCAUUUCAAAGUGCAGCUGAAGGAAAACCUUUACUGCAUUGGACAGCGCAAGUUCAACUCUAUGGAAGAGCUUGUUGAACACUACAAAAAGGCCCCCAUCUUCACCAGCGAGCAGGGAGACAAACUGUACCUGAUCAAGGCCCUGGCUGCCUCCUGAUCCAUCUCUCUCACACACACGUGCACCCACACACACACCUACACAUUAACGGCAUCGAUAUGUAAUACAGAUACUUACACCAGAACACACACUAACAUUUCAGCUCCAAGCCUGAAGACUUAACACAUCAUCAGGACUUAAAUGCCCAAUUUGUGAGCAUUCCAAGAGGAGGGAUGGAAAAAGCAUGGGAGAGACGUGGAGGGGGGAGACACAAAGACUAUGGACUCCUGAGAGUUGACUACAGACUUCUUGGUCGCCAAUUUUAAAUUAUCCAGAUGUGUUAGGUUAUAGGCAUUGCCAUGUAUUUCCACCUUGAUAUCUAUUAGAGUUGCAUUUAGUUUUCUUUUUUUUUUGUUGAUAAUAUAUAAUCUUUUUAACAGUUUCUUUUAAAAAUGUGAUUUUUAACUGUAUACAAUACACCACAACCACCUGACUGAGGCAUUUUUUUCCAGAUGUUAGCAAAUUCAGAGCCUAGAGAUCUACUUUUCAUUUUUUUUGUGGGUGUGUCGUCUGUCUUGACGCUUUCUUCGUGGUUGUGGACACACUAAGCCACAACUCCUGCUAAUCACGAAUAAAAAUUAAGUGACCAAAAUAUAUUUAUUGAUACAGUUCUGUUAGGAUCGAUGUUGUAGAGAUUGGAAUAUCACACUGUGCAUCUGUUUCGUCGAGGAUCUGGAAGGUUCCUCUUCUCGUGUAAGGUCAAACUAGAUAUUCAUCUUGCUUUUUGUACAACAGAACUGCUUGUCUCACAUAUUGCUGUAUCCACAUCAUGUGAAUGUUACAAAGACAGUGGGGGCUCCGAACCCCAUGACUUUGCAUGGAUGCACGCAAACCCAAUAGUGUCCUAACACCUUCCUUGUAUCUCCCGAACGAGAGACUGUCUGCCUGCGUAGGCGAUGCGGGGAUUUUAUUUGUGCAUGUCGAGGUCAUGCAAGGAGUCAAAGUAUUUUUUUUCCCUCCUCGUCUGAGACGUGCUGAUGCGUCUUCCCAGUGUUGCCAAAGGGGACGAUUCUCAGGACGGAGGACAGCGAGGUGGGGUGAGGGAGGGCAUGUACGCUGACAACGGUGCAGCUUCCAAACAAACGGCUCCGUGGAGCUCGGAGGGGAAAUGGCGGGCCAGUCCACAGGAUGAUGUCACCGCUCCUGAAUUAGUGAUCACUGGAGGGAAUGGAGGAGUUAAGGGGGUCGCCCAGGGGUCGUGUUUGUGUGGUUGCACAGCGUAUACAUCAUGCUAGGGAGACGCCCUCUUCCUUAAGCAGCCACAAGGGAUUUUUCUGAAAAAACAAUCCCUUAUGGGGAAGUAGCGAAGAAAGCAGCCGGCCUGAAUGAGCGUUCUUUGAUAUUUGGGCUUUUAUUUCCGCGACUUAAUAUAUCUAGGGGGCAAGUUUGGUCGAUGUCAAGUCAGAAAACGGUGCAUCUAAGUGUUUUCAGCCGCACACAUGGUUCAUAUUUACGGUAAAGGUCUCCAGUGAAAGGCUACUUGUUGAGCGAAAGUGGACCAAGUGGUGUUUGAAUGGCGACGGGCAGCUAGUUGCUAUUGCUUGCAAUCAGAGCUGCAGCAGCGUUGGCAGGGAGCCGCUCAGGGAGACGAUGAUGAUCACGAUGCCUGCGAUGAUGAGUUCUCCAGCUGUGGCCAGUUGGACCCGAGCACAGAAAAAGAGGGGGAGAGAGAGAGUGAGUGAGGGAGGAAGAGGGGAUUUCACAGAGGACAGAAGGGGGAAAAUGGACAUGAAAAAAUAAAAGCAAUAAAUUAGGAACUAGGGAGGACUGUGGAGGAUCUGUUCCACUGGAUAAGAGUAUCUGGAACACCACGCCCAGUCAUAUAAGAGCAGGGACAUGAACAGAGGCCAAUACUGAUGUAUCAUAGCAGAGAAUGAAAAAGGAUUGAUUUAGAGGGGCUUUUAAGAUCUGGUUAAUCCAAGCAUGAAAAAAAAUCAGUUCUGAAAGAGCACAAACAUGGGUGUGAACCUCUUUUUCCCCUCCAUUCCCCACGUGAUUGACACCUCUUCAUGAAAAAGCUGUGUGAAGACUGUUUCCUCUGUUUUGCAGCUGUACGAGAUGAUUUCUGAACAGUGAAACGCUUACCUUUCAGUUGGAUUUGCGAUGGGUUCAAAGGGCAAGUGCUAAUUUUACCCUCCCAGUACCAGUUGAAAUCUGAAUAUUAAGUAAGAUUACGUCUUAUUAAGCAGUACAAAAACAACAUUCCAGCAUUUAAAAGCAUCCGACAGGAAUAUUUAAGAGAAAUACAUGGUGGAAAGAGUAAAUCGCAGGUUUGUUUAUUAGCAUGGCUUCAGUGAUUUUUGCUAAAUGUGGGUUCUGAGUCUAUAAAUUUCAAUUUUCCCGUCAUUUUAAGUUGCGUUGGACACCAGUGCCUGUAUUCCCUUCAUUUUCAUUCACCGGAUUAGUGUUUGGGUUUAACAAAUCCUGCCACUUAUUACGCCCAAAUCCCUCUCUGUUGCAUUGUUGCCAUUUUGCUGACACUUUAUGUGUUGAUGUUUGCUUACAUUUGUAAUCAGCUGUGAUCAGCAGCUUGUUUUUUUUCUCCUUUUUUUGGCAAAAUUUCCUCCCUGACUUCCAGUUCCACAGCAUCUGCGCUGUUACGCAGCAUUAAAGUGACAAACGCCAACGCCAUGUGCCCCAGUUUGAAGGAUUUAGGAGGAGAUUUUAAUGUGCCUUCACAGCUUUUUGUCAACCAAAGGUUUAGUGUCCUGCUUUUUUUUCUGUCCUGUGCUUCCCACUGCUCUUGUCACCGCCGCGCACCAUUUGGUUAAAGCUUUGCAUGUUGCGUCAGUUGAGUGAUUAGUGAGCGACGUGUUGGGAUGUCUGAAAACAUCCUUGUAGGGGAGCAUAUUUCCUCAUUAAGCGCUCACUUUGAUGUAGGCUGGCAAUUUCAUCCCCCCCCCCCCCCCCCUCGUCAUGCAUAAAAUGCCCGUGAGUUGAUAUCGUGUGUAGUUUCAAGUGACCUUACCAUGACAGAUUUCAUCGAGUAUAACUUCUUAAGUGAACAGUGAAUGCCUACAUGUACAGUAUAAAAAUAUGUGCUGAUGUUCAUUCAGAAACAUAACCCCAGGUGUGAUGUAAUCAUGACCUGAAUCUCAUGUAUGAGCACCUCAAGUAACGGUGUCACAUAUUGUUGGUUGUGAAGAAACUGUCAAGGUUUCGAAGGAUAUAGUUUUUUUUAUGUCUGUAUGUAAAACUAGUGUAAGACAUUCACUUUUGCAGUUUAGCCACUUAAAUAUGUAAAACAAAACAAAAAAAACAACUCCUCAAUACUUAAAUGUUUUACUUGAUAUUCAAAUACAGAACUACAGUAUCUCCCUGCAUAGAUAUUGUUACUGGGAUCUUUUUCUUUUUACAACAAUGGAGGCCGCAUGAGCAGAGCCUUGUAGCUGUACAGAAAUGGUUUUCAAUCUGCAUAAAAAGACACGGACGUCAGUUGUGACCGAUAUUAUCAAGAGAUCGUCAUCAGUGAUCAAGAACUACACCGCAGUGGACACUUGGGUUUCUUCACUGCACAAGCCUGAGAUAUUCUUGAGUCUUCACCUUCAGAUUUCAUUGAUAAUGUUCCGAUCAAGUGGGGCCGUGUUUAACUUUGGUGCUUUUGUGCUGCUUACAUUUCUAUGGUGUUCUUUGUCUCACGAAGCUUUUUUUUUUUUCCUGUAUGAGAGAGUGAAGAAAACAGAUUCAUGCUGUGGAAUGACAAAAGGCAGUGCUGUGAAAAUUUAAUGUCAUGCUCUUAAUACUGUUUUUAUGGAGGGGAGAUGAUCGUCUUCAGGUGUAAUAAUUUAGAAGAGUUUAUUAGAGUGUUCAAAAGACGUAAUAAACGGCAUAGAAAAAGGAUAA